CCAAACACAGUGCCAGCCCCACGCGAGAUUCACUGCACUGAGACUGCAAGCUUCAGUCCAUGAGAAACGCUCACAAGAGGGCUGCUGCAUUCUAGCGAACGACAGCAAAGUUUUAAACUACCGGUAAAUACUGUGUGUGCAUACUUAGAAAACACAGACUGCAAGAUACAUGCAACAGGAAUAGCGGGUAUUUCAGACCAGAUCAUGUUUAUCUGCUCCAUGAAAAAAAGGGAAACGGCAAUUAAAAACGUGUCAUUUGCAGAGUUAAAGUUUUGUGCUUCAGGUUCUGCAUUUUUCUAAAGUAUAUAUUUUUUUUUGAUUCAUGGAGGUGUCACAUUUGUACUUUUAUUUUUAAGCAACCGGGACGUCAUUGCGAACAUCGCAAAUUAACUGUUUUCAUCAGUCGCAUUUCGGACUUUCAGUCCAAGAUAAAUAAAAGCGUUUUUUUUGCGGAGGAGUUAAACUUUACUCAAGAGCACAGCUAUUUAAGAAGCUGUGCUGGUGAACAUUGUUUUUAAGUUUAUAAAAAGCGGAACAUUUUUUCUUCUGUCCAGCACAGACGGAUUUACAACAUUACCUUAUUUAUUUGAACAGGACAGAUACAGCGCUGUUUACUUCUUUAUAACCCGGACUCCAGUGUGAAUGGAAUAAGUAUCCCUUUUCUUUUCCUUUUAACAUUGAAAAAGAAAACGAACUGACAUUAGUAAAUUAGAUUCCUAAUCGAAUUCACAAAAAAAAAGAACCUAAAACAGAUGCUGUGCAUUGGAUACCAUUUCAAUACUGUAUAUUGAAUAUCAUUUUUUAAAGGAAAAAAAACAUAAAACCAUUAUUCAAUCAUUUAAAAAAAAAAGCAAUGGAAGGCUUUCAUUUGAAGAUAGCGAUUUACCUGCUGUGUCAGCUGAUGAUUGCAGGAUCCAGUCUGGAGAUAGGGGCGUAUGAUAUAGAGCGGGGUAGGGAGGCUAAAUGUGAGCCUAUCGAGAUCCCCAUGUGCCAGGGUAUCGGCUACAACAUGACCAGGAUGCCCAACUACAUGCGGCACGAGAACCAGAAGGAGGCUGCCAUCAAGCUGCACGAGUUCGCCCCGCUGGUGGAGUACGGCUGCCACGUCCACCUGCGCUUCUUCCUGUGCUCGCUCUACGCCCCCAUGUGCACGGACCAGGUGUCCACCUCUAUCCCCGCCUGCAGACCCAUGUGUGAGCAAGCCAGGCAGAAGUGCGCCCCUAUCAUGGAGCAGUUCAAUUUCGGGUGGCCCGACUCCCUGGACUGCUCCAAGCUGCCCACCAAGAACGACCCCAACGCCCUGUGCAUGGAAGCCCCUGAGAACGACACCAAGGGGGAGACGCAGAAGGGGCAGGGCAUGCUGCCGGUGCCGCCCCGGCCCAGGCAGCCAGGGGCCGGAGACGGGCGCUUGCCGGGCAGCCUGGGCUCCUGCGAGAACCCGGAGAAGUUCCAGUACGUGGAGAAGAGCCGGUCCUGUGCGCCCAGGUGCUCGUCUGCCGUGGACGUCUUCUGGUCACGGCAGGACAAGGAUUUCGCCUUCAUCUGGAUGGCUGUCUGGUCCACCCUGUGUUUCAUCUCCACCGCCUUCACAGUCCUGACCUUCCUGUUAGAUCCCCACAGGUUCCAGUACCCCGAGAGGCCCAUCAUCUUCCUGUCCAUGUGCUACAAUGUCUACUCGGUGGCCUUCAUCAUCCGCUCUGUGGCUGGUGCUGAGAACAUUGCCUGCGACCGCGAGAACGGGGAACUCUACGUCAUCCAGGAAGGACUGGAAAGCACCGGCUGCACCAUCGUCUUCCUCAUCCUCUACUACUUCGGCAUGGCCAGCUCUAUCUGGUGGGUGAUUCUCACCCUGACCUGGUUCCUGGCAGCAGGAAAGAAAUGGGGCCAUGAAGCCAUCGAGGCACACAGCAGCUAUUUCCACAUGGCGGCUUGGGGCAUCCCAGCUAUGAAGACCAUUGUCAUCCUCACCAUGAGGAAGGUGGCUGGCGACGAACUGACGGGCCUGUGCUAUGUGGGUAGCAUGGACGUCAACGCCCUCACCGGCUUCGUCCUCAUCCCGCUUUCCUGCUACCUGGUCAUCGGCACCUCCUUCAUCCUGACUGGCUUUGUGGCGCUGUUCCAUAUCCGCAAAAUCAUGAAGACCGAAGGGACCAACACGGAGAAGCUGGAGAAGCUGAUGGUCAAGAUUGGUGUCUUUUCAAUCCUCUACACCGUGCCUGCCACCUGCGUCAUCAUCUGCUACUUCUACGAGAGGCUCAACAUGGAUUACUGGAAGUUCAGAGCCUUGGAUCAUAAGUGCACCUCUUUCCCUGGGAGAAAGAAUGACGACUGCUCCUUGGAAGAGUCUGUACCCACCGUGGCUGUGUUCAUGCUCAAGAUUUUCAUGUCCCUGGUGGUGGGCAUCACCAGCGGUGUUUGGGUCUGGAGCUCCAAGACCCUUCAGACCUGGCAGGGCCUGUGCAACAGGAAGCUGUCGGUCAGGACUACCAGGAAACCGUGCAGCGGCGUCAGCUGCAGUGGCACCCACUGCCAUUACAAAGCACCCACGGUGGUGUUACACAUGAGCAAAACGGAUCCCUUUUUGGACAGCCCAACUCAUGUCUGAAGCUUUGUUGUUGGGGUUUUUGUUUUUCAAGUUUUUGUUUGUAUUUUUGUGGACAAAGCUGGGAAAAUUGCCUUUUAAGUGACCUUUUUUUAAGAUUCUAACAAGGGAGUACAAUUAAGGGAGUCUUGAGCUCAGACUGCAUUUGGCAUGUGUUGCAGAGCCUGGCACGGCAAGAUUUUCGGAGUAAGCAUAGCAGCAAGCUGUUUGUUCUGGAGCUGGGAGGCUGGUGGGGGAGAAGGACCUUGUAAUGAUUUAGGCCAGACUGUGGCAACAAUGUAAAAUAAUGAAACCAGCCAAAACUAGAGACUGUUCAAAAAAAAAAAAAAGAAACAUGAUUUGUAAGUAAUGCCCACUUUCAGCAAAUGUAGGACCUCCUGAAUGGAUAAACAGAUAUACCAUAUAGCAGUUGUAUCUCAGUGGUUUGCAUGGCGCAUAUACCCCCCCCCCCCCCCCCCCCCCCCCCCCCCCC